AGGGUCCGGCAGUCGGCGCCUGUCAGCUCUCGCAGGCAGCCGCCGCCGCCGCCGCGGGAUGCUGCCGUCCCGCUAUGUUUGGCCCCGGCGGUUCUGAUCCCUGACUAAAGAUGGCGCUGGGCUCGGCCGCGCUGCCCGCUCGGAACAUGGCGGGGGGCGGGCGGGGGGCGCGGGUCCUGCUGCUGCUGCUCCUCAGCGGCUGCUUGGGCGAGCAGCCCCCGGCCGCCGCCGCCGCCGCCGGCGUCCCCUCCUCCUCCUCCUCGGCCGGGGGCGGCGGGGCGCCGGGCGACGCGGAGGAGACGGUGAUCAUCGGGCUGCGGCUGGAGGACACGGACGACGUCUCCUUCAUGGAGGGGGGCGCGCUGCGGGUGAGCGAGCGGACGCGGGUCAAGCUGCGGGUCUACGGGCAGAACAUCAACAACGAGACCUGGUCCCGCAUCGCCUUCACCGAGCACGAGCGGCGGCGGGGCGGGCGGCCGCCGGCCGAGCAGGAGGACGGGCCGCCGGAGAGCAGCUCCCCGCAGCGCUGCGGCAUCCGCACCUCGGACAUCAUCAUCCUGCCGCACAUCGUGCUCAACCGCCGCACCUCGGGCAUCAUCGAGAUCGAGAUCAAGCCCCUGCGCAAGACCGAGAAGAGCAAGUCCUACUACCUGUGCACCUCCGUGUCGGGCCCGGCCGCGCUGGGGGCCGCCGGCCCCCCCGGGGGCGGGCUGGUCGGGGCCGACGGCCCCGCCGGCCCCCCGCCCUGGACCGAGACCACCUGGAUCUACCACGACGGCGAGGACACGAAGAUGAUCGUGGGCGAGGAGAAGAAGUUCCUGCUGCCCUUCUGGCUGCAGGUGAUCUUCAUCUCCCUGCUCCUCUGCCUCUCGGGCAUGUUCAGCGGCCUCAACCUGGGCCUCAUGGCCCUGGACCCCAUGGAGCUGCGCAUCGUGCAGAACUGUGGCACCGACAAGGAGAAGAACUACGCCAAGCGCAUCGAGCCCGUGCGCCGCCAGGGCAACUACCUGCUGUGCUCCCUGCUGCUGGGCAACGUGCUGGUCAACACCACCCUCACCAUCCUACUGGAUGACAUCGCUGGCUCCGGGCUGGUGGCCGUGGUGGUCUCCACCAUCGGCAUCGUCAUCUUCGGCGAGAUCGUGCCACAGGCCAUCUGCUCCCGUCAUGGCUUGGCUGUGGGUGCCAACACCAUCUUCCUCACCAAGUUCUUCAUGAUGAUGACCUUUCCGGCCUCCUACCCUGUCAGCAAGCUGCUGGACUGUGUGCUGGGCCAGGAGAUCGGCACGGUCUACAACCGUGAGAAGCUGCUUGAGAUGCUGCGGGUCACCGACCCUUACAACGAUCUGGUCAAGGAGGAGCUCAACAUCAUCCAAGGGGCGCUGGAGCUGCGCACCAAGACGGUGGAGGAUGUGAUGACCCCACUCCGAGACUGCUUCAUGAUCGCCGCCGAGGCUGUUCUGGACUUCAACACUAUGUCUGAGAUCAUGGAGAGUGGCUACACCCGCAUCCCUGUCUUUGAGGGCGACCGCUCCAACAUUGUGGACCUGCUCUUCGUCAAGGACCUGGCCUUUGUGGACCCAGAUGACUGCACCCCGCUCAAGACCAUCACUCGCUUCUACAACCACCCGCUGCACUUUGUCUUCAACGACACCAAGCUUGAUGCCAUGCUGGAGGAGUUCAAGAAAGGCAAAUCUCAUCUGGCAAUAGUACAGCGAGUCAACAAUGAAGGGGAAGGGGACCCUUUUUAUGAAGUCCUGGGAAUUGUCACGUUAGAAGAUGUGAUUGAAGAAAUCAUCAAGUCUGAGAUUCUAGAUGAAACUGAUUUGUACACUGAUAACAAGACAAAAAAGAAAGUAGCACAUCGGGACAGGAAGCAGGACUUCUCUGCCUUCAAACAGACAGACAGUGAGAUGAAGGUUAAAAUAUCACCACAACUCCUCCUGGCAAUGCACCGUUUCCUGGCAACAGAAGUAGAAGCAUUUGGCCCAUCCCAGAUGUCAGAGAAGAUCCUCCUAAGGCUGCUAAAACAUCCCCAUGUCAUCCAGGAGCUGAAAUACGAUGAGAAGAACAAGAAAGCCCCAGAAUACUACCUCUACCAGAGAAACAAGCCUGUCGACUACUUUGUUCUCAUUUUACAGGGGAAAGUGGAAGUGGAGGCUGGGAAAGAGGGAAUGAAGUUUGAAGCUGGUGCUUUUUCCUAUUAUGGGGUGAUGGCCCUCACAGCAUCGCCAGUUCCCUUGUCCCUGUCUCGUACCUUUGUUGUCAGCAGAACAGAAUUAUUAGCAGCAGGUUCUCCAGCUGAAAACAAGUCACCCCCUCGUCCUUGUGGCUUGAAUCAUUCGGACUCUCUAAAUCGAGGUGAUCGCAUUGAAGCAGUGACACCAACGUUGGGGAGCAGCAACAAUCAGCUGAAUGCAUCUUUUCUUCAGGUGUACGUCCCAGACUAUUCAGUGAAAGCACUCUCAGAUAUUCAGUUUGUCAAGAUCUCAAGACAGCAGUACCAAAAUGCCCUGAUGGCAUCCCGGAUGGACAAGACACCUCAGUCCUCGGACAGUGAAAACACUAAAAUCGAACUGACUCUUACGGAGCUACAUGAUGGUUUGCCGGAUGAGACGGCAAACCUGCUGAAUGAACAGAACUGCGUGACACACAACAAGUCCAAUCACAGUAUGCACAGCGAAGGCUCCAUCUAGGAGCUAACAAUCUGCAUCCUUUCCCACCCAUCACUUCAGCAGGACCAGUCCUUGCUCCUUCUUGACUGCAAACGCUCUUAGUAUGUGCUUGCAAUGCUGUGCUGCAUCCAGUGUUCUGAGACCAAAGACUUAGCGCCCUUGCUGGGAACAGAAGAGGAAGAAACGAGAACACAGCAAGACAAAAACCAAACAAACCUUGGGCAUGUUGAGUGCCCUUUGGAGAACGAUGGAAUUCUUCCUCGCAAAGUAGAAUCGUGUUUAUUUUUUCAGCCGUAUCUUUGAUCCUCAUUGGUUUUCCCUCCUUCCUAGAUGCGCGCAGAGAAGUUUUUAAAACUGCUCUGAUUAUUUUUUCAAGAGAGAUCAUGUUUUUAAAAAGAAUUUUGCAGAGUUUUAAAUUGUUGCUGUCCCUCCCCUUCCCCAAAUAGGCUCUGUUGUGACUUUGUGAAUCAGCUCCAGUGUCAUAGACCUGUUUCCACCCCUCCUUUUGGUCCUGUCUGUUGCCCUGUUGUUAAAACAGCAACUGGUACCCAUAUGUAUAUGUGUCCUGAGAACAAAGAAUGGAUGAGAUUUCAAGGAACUUGGGGCUUAGCAGUAUGGAAGUUUGGGGGAAUGGGCAUUAUUUUCUCCCCAGUUGAGUUUCAGGGAAGGGGUGGUUAUUUUGGUUGCAUGCGUUCAUAAUAUCUGAAAUUUCAGACGGUUCCUUGUAAAACAAACAAAAAGAUUGUUACAUUUACAGUUUUGUAACCUCCACAGAUGUUGUGUGUUUUGAAUAUGAAGGUGGGUUUUUAAUCAACAUAACUGCAGUCUCAUCAAAUUACAGACUGGGAUAAAUUUC